AUGGAAUUCAAAAAUGAUAGUCUGGCGAGCCAAACAGAGUUCCGCCUUGCUGGGCCAGGCUCCAAUGCGGCCCGGUUACGUGUCUGCGAAGACUGUGGUGCUCAGUUAAAUAUCAUGGACCACGAGUCUCGCAUCGCAGACCAUUUUGGUGGCAAAAUGCACCUUGGAAUGGUAGAAUGCCGUGAAAAAUACGCUGAAAUGAAGAAGACUAUAGAGGAGCGUCGUAAGGAGCGUAAAGAGAAGGGACUUGACGCAUUAAGAUUCGCAGACAGAAGACGUUCGCCUCCACGUCGUGAUCGUGAAGAUAGGGAUCGGCGUGAUCGAGAUCGUGAGGAAAGGGAAUCGCGUCAUGGAAGUGGAAGCAGCCGAAAGAGAAGCCGCUCUCGUUCAAACGACCGCGACCGUCGGCGUGAUCGAGACCGAGACCGAGACGACCGUCGUAGUGGUUCUGGACGAAGCAAAGGAGAUCGAGAUCGAGAUAGAGAUAGGCGAGAUCGACGCUACUAA